AUGCAUCUUCACCUUUCUGCACAAAGUAGAUCAAGCAUCUGCACUCUCAUCUCUACAUUAUCUCUACCCAUCCCUACUACUGCACAGCAAGUUGUCACCAUCAAUACCCGCACCACAAACAUCAUUCCCGCCAUCAGACAUCAAGAUGUGCAGGGAAUACCUCAGCAUCGCCACAUGCACUCCCGAGAAGGCACCUCUAUAUCAUUUCUACCUAUCUCAACUGUUGCACAGCAAGUCGUCAUCAUCGACUCUCGCACAACAAUCUUCAUUCCCGGCAUCAGACAUCAAGAUGUGCAGGGAAUACCUCAGCAUCACAAUAUGCGCUCCACAGAAGGCGCCGUCAAUGCCCUUCACUUGUGGACAGCUCCAUCUUGUUCCAUCGCAAUAUGCGCUCCACAGAAGGCGCCAUCAAUGUCCUUCACCUGUGGACAGCUCCAUCUUGUUGCAUCGCAAUAUGCGCUCCACAGAAGGCGUCGUCAAUAUCCUUCACUUGUGGACAGCUCCAUCUCGUUGCAGAACGACGCCAGGUGUGUGGCGAGGCGACUGGGACUUGUCUUUGCUUUGUCGGAACCUGUGGUGUUCUCGAGAGCGUCCCUUCUACCCAGGGCAUUCAUGGCCAGCCAUACGAAUGAUUCAAUCACUGAGCGCGAGGACUACGCUGCUGCUUAUGGCCACGUCAAGCCCACGGCCUUCAAUUACACAGCCAAAAAUAUGGCCGGACUCACUUGA